AUGGCAGAUUGGACUCGCGCCCUCAGGCUUUUAUUAUUUACCAUUGCAGAUUGGGAGAACGCAAACACAUCGCAGUGGAAACUGACGCUAAAGUUGCGUGAGGCUAGCACAAAGAAAAUAAAGGAAUCCCUGCGUAAACAACGGGCGGAUCUUGAUGCGCAAGAAGACGCUCUGGAAGCUAGGUUGGCCGAAGCUGCCAAAGAUAUGGCCGCUUUAAAGUUGGAAGAAAAUGGGACCUAUAAGACGAAGGGAACCUAG